ACAUUGUCACAUUUGGUCUUCCCUUGUCAUCAGGCAAUAGGUGAUUUUGAUGCAAUGUCUUCACAACUCCAAUCCCUCUCUCUGGCUUCACCCUAUAUGCGGGAAGAUUGGGCAUUUUACCGACCACAACAUAUGGCUGCCCCAGAUGCAAGCUGAUGAGCUUUCUUCAAAUCCAAUCUCAACCUUGAAAUGUACUGCUGGUAGUUUGCUUCUCCUUUACCAUCCGGUGACACACCAAAACAUAGAUCUACCGGGAGUCUGGCUUCCCGCCCAAACAUGAGAAAGUAUGGGGAGUAACCCGUUGCCUCAUUUCUGGUACAGUUGUACAGGACACUUGAAAGCAAAUCAGCAAUAAGACUGGUUGGAGAUCAGAGACUGAUUUUGGCUUAAAGGACAAUUGUGAGGUGGGCUGAGAUAAGAUGGAUCACACACACACGGACUGUACCGCCACUGCAAGCGGAUUCUACUCCCGGUGUGCAGUGCGUCUACAGUAAUGGCUGGUUCCUGACUAAUUCUAGUCCUGGCAACCCCCAACUGACGGGGGGAGGCUAAGGAAAGCUCCAGUUCUGGACAACGUUUGCUGGGGACGGAAGACCAACUGCACGACAUCAUGCCACGCUGGUUGGGUCCAUACCAGACAACAGUUCAUCCAUCAAGUGAGAUAUGAUCAACAUGACUUACCCAAAUAUUUCCUAUCAAUUCAUUAUUGAUGAUUUUGCUGAUUUUUACAAUGAAUUAAACUACAGUGACUUAAACACAACGUAUGAGUUGGACAAAAGUACCCUAACGUGCCAGGCUGCCCCCGUCUCCUCAUUUGUGAUCAUGGUGGUAUGUGCCUUCUACAUCUUAGUCUUCCUCUUGGCCAUCCCUGGGAACCUGUUAGUGGGGCUAGUGAUCAGCUCAAGCAAGCAGCCGUUGUCUCCCUCCGACUUAUACCUCCUCCACCUGGCAGUGGCCGACAUCCUGCUGGCUCUCACCCUACCAUUCUGGGCCACCUCUGUGACUGUUGGCUGGGUAUUCGGCGACCCCAUGUGCAAACUUGUCAGCAUCUUCCUGGAGGUCAGCUUCUACACAAGCAUCCUGUUUUUGGCAUGUAUUAGCGUGGACCGCUACCUGGUGAUUGUAUGUGCCAAGGAGACAUCCAGGGCUGCUCGUCGACGAUUAGUAAGCUGGGGCGCCUGCGUUGCAGUUUGGUUCAUGGGUUGCCUGCUGUCCCUGCCCGGGUUCUUCAACGGAGCCUUCAUACCGGAUGGCGAGAAGGUAACAACAUGCUCCGAGGUUUAUACAGUGGGGGACCCUGAAAAUUGGAAGCUAGCCACACGGGGGCUCCGGCACAUUUUAGGAUUUCUUCUGCCAUUGACCAUUAUGUUGGGGUGCUAUGGGGUGACGCUGGCUCGACUCUUGCGAACCCGGGGCAGCUUCCAGAGGCAGAAGGCUAUGAGGGUGAUUGUGGCAGUGGUGGUAGCUUUUCUGCUGUGCUGGACACCCUAUCACCUGGCGGUGAUGGCAGACACCCUACUCCAAGCGAAGCUGGUGAAGGACGAAUGCCAGGAGAGGAGGGCAGUGCACAAAGCCCUAUUCGCCACCCAGAGUCUAGCACUGCUUCAUAGCUGUGUAAACCCGGUUCUGUAUGCUUUUGUUGGUGAGAAGUUCAGGAUUAAGCUACUUCAGAUGCUCCGGAAAGCAGGGGUGAUGGAACCGCGAGCGUCUGUGGCCAGGGCGAGUCGAUCCACCUCUCAGACUUCGGAGGCCACCUCUAUGUUCAUGUGAUCACAAAGGGUUUUCCCCUGGUUGUUACUUAUGGCACAGGAUGUGGACUCACAAGUGCUGUGUGCAUGUACAGGAAUACAGUUUCACAACUGACCACACGAAUGUCAACAAUCUGGUAUUUUAAAACUCUGGUUUUAUUAUUAUACCUUUAUUUUUACAGGCAAGUCAUUAAGAACACGUUCUUAUUUACAAUGGCGGCCUGACAAGUGGAAUAACCACUUAGAGGAAAAGGGGAAGUAGAGUUAAAAUGACAACAAACAUUAUAGAUACUUACAAGUUAGCAAUUACAUAAAUACAAUUGCAAACUCAACACAGUAGACAACAGACCACUUUAACCAGGUGUGUGUAUAUAGAAUUGAUAAAUAGCUCUACAUAGAACUAUUUGCUCAAAAA